UUCUUUCUUUUUUCCUUUCCCUCCGUUUAUAUAUGAUGCCUAGUGCAACGACGGACUCGUCGGAGAAGGAUGCGGAGCCGUUCGUGGAGGUGAACCCGACAGGGCGGUACGGGCGGUACGGGGAGCUUCUGGGGACGGGGGCAGUGAAGAAAGUGUACAGAGCAUUCGAUCAAGAAGAGGGAAUUGAGGUGGCGUGGAACCAAGUGAAGCUGAGGAGCUUUUCGAACGAACCAUCGAUGAUAGAGAGGCUGUACUCGGAGGUGACAUUGCUGAGAACCCUAAAGAACAAGAACAUAAUUGCUUUGUACGAUGUAUGGCUCGACAAACUUCAUGGAACCUUAAAUUUCAUUACUGAGGUUUGUACAAGUGGGAACCUCAGAGAGUACAGGAAGAAACACAGGCAAGUUUCUUUGAAGGCCUUGAAGAAGUGGUCCAAGCAGAUCCUUCAGGGUUUGGAUUAUUUGCAUACCCAUGAGCCUUGUGUUAUUCAUAGAGAUCUCAACUGCAGCAAUCUCUUUGUCAAUGGUAAUGUUGGCCAGGUGAAGAUUGGGGACUUGGGUUUGGCAGCAACAGUGGGGAAGAAUCACUCAGCACAUUCAGUGCUUGGGACACCAGAAUUCAUGGCACCAGAGCUAUAUGAGGAACAUUACACAGAGCUUGUGGACAUAUACUCAUUUGGAAUGUGUUUGCUUGAAUUGGUCACUUUGGAAAUUCCCUAUAGUGAAUGUGACAAUGUUGCCAAGAUCUAUAGGAAAGUAUCCUCCGGGAUUAAGCCUCAGGCCCUUCACAAGGUCAAGGACCCUGAGAUCAAGGCUUUCAUUGACAAGUGCCUCGCCCACUCCCAAGCGCGGCCCUCCGCGGCCGACCUCCUCCGAGAUCCCAUUUUCAGGGAAAUUGAUGAUGAUGAAAACGACAACGACCAGGAUCAUUGUGCAUCCUCGUGAUGGCUAGUGUAUUAUUUGAACAAAAAUUAUGUAGGUUAUAGAUGGUGAUGAAUGCACAACUCAAGUAUAGCUAUAGCUAGAUUGGUUAAAUUAUUAUGUGCUUUUAUGGUUUUUUCAUGUGAGUUUUUUUUUUUUUUGGUUGGUGUUAUCUUUCAUUAUUUUUGGAGAGGUAACACGUGGGUUUGAAAUGCUUUUCCCAUAUUCGAAGGAGGGAUCCGAUUAGCAUUGAAAUUUAGGUUUUAAUUUAUGUCUGUUUACUUGUGUACAUACUACAUCAGUUUAAGUUUUCAAUAUCACGCUUGAAAAGGUUUAGUUUUGUUUAAUUUUAUGGGGUAACUCUAUUUCUUUGGCUGAA